GUUUUUUUUUUUUACCUCACUGUGUUAACAGAAAGCUCGUACAUGCACGAUCCCCGGCAAUGGCUCUCACCUCGUACCUCUAACCUGGGCACUUUUUUGCAGAAAAUGCCAUUCAUCGAAGUGCUAUCUUCAUCUUUCUACAAAUUACCACAUGCAUUCAAGGCACGUUGCCCUCAAGUUGGGUUACGAGAAGGAGUUCCCCACUUUCCUUCGAGCUAUCGAAAAUGGGACAGUCCCCGAUGCGAGUAUGAGAUCGGUGUACAACGCGAUUACUUUUGAUAAGUGCAAACCUAUAAAUCCUACGUUCAUGAAAUUAGGAUGGUAUGACAGACAUGCGGACAUCAUCAAGACAAACGAAGGUCCCGUUGAAAAGGGAGCUGAUGCACUAGAACGCAUCGACGACUCCCCUUUAUCACCGUUGUCUUCAGCUUCAAGUUCAACACCCAAUGCACCUUCAAUCUGUGGGACAUCGCAUCUGUCUUCAAGCAAUGAACUCUCGCCAUCGACCUGCAAAAAUGAUGAGACGAUACAAUCUAGGAAGCGGAAACGCGUCGUCAGUGUCAUGAUUCCGACGUUGUCUUCACUCCAGCUGCAGCCUCAUAUGUUUGUUACCAUUUCGUCGUCAUCAAAGUCGACGAGUACUAGUGGGCGAGAGGAAGAUCAUCAACCACUGAAUGAUCAUCCAACCGAUAUACAAAUUUCUCGACUGACCCAAGAUCGUCAUCUUCCGGUAAUCAGUCGGCUAGUAGCACUCUUCCAGCACGGAAAGGAGAUCAACAAAGGCAUACCGAUGGUCGGCCGCCCAAGAAACCUUCCGCGACGUUAAUAUCUUCGCCGUCAUCCAACCACCUCCGCAACAUUGUACCUGCGAAGACCGGAGCUAAAUCAUCACCUUCUGUUGCUCGGUUAUUGUCUCGUGGUAAUGGUCCAAAGCCUUCAGGCUCCAAGCCACAGCGACUUGGGUUCCUGUCGAAAGAAACAGUUCCUAGAACGCCAUCUUUUGAAUCAGAGGACGAGGAUAGGUCUCUGAAGAAGGCUCGUUCGGGCUUUUC